CGCGAUAGUUGUUGCAGAGGGUGUGUUGGGCUUUUGGUGGGAAUUAUGGGUGUUGUAGUCCUAAAAUGUCAGAAAAGCCCGUGCGUUGCCAUAACAAACCUGUAUAGCUUCCAGUUUCUCUUAGUAAAAUCCUUAAAAUGGUUACAGUAGAUAUGCCUGUUUAACUACAAUAUUUAUAAAUAUAUGUUAAACUUGUAUACAUAUGGUUUACAAUGCCAUACAAUCUCAUGUUAUUAUUGAAAUAGUAUGAAAGACAUCUUGACAAUGCUCAUAGCUUUCAAAAACUUCUAACAAUGAUGUAUUAAAAUCCUUAUACAAAAUAAUAUUUAAAUGAAUUGUUUCCAAGUCCGAUAAUUUCGAGUUUAAUCUAUAAACUCCAAUUAAAAGCAGAAUUUGAACAAAACCCUUCACUUUUGUUAACUAUUUCGGUUUACCAGCAAAACAGGAAGUUGUUAGCAUUGUGGGACGUGUAGUUCCGCUUUGGGGGCUGCUGGGCUAGAUAACAGAGCGCCGAGGACCGAAACAAAAUUGAAAUUAGUGAAAACUUUAUCAGGAUUACAGAUAUCUGAAUAAAACAUUCCUGGGGUUGUAAAUAAGCAUGCCCGGAUUCACCUGCUGCGUCCCCGGCUGUUACAACAACUCGCAUCGGGACAGAGAGCUGCGCUUCUACACCUUUCCAAAGGAUACGGCGCAGAGAGAGAUUUGGCUGAAGAACAUCUCCCGGGCCGGGGUCAGCGGCUGCUUCAGCACCUUCCAGCCCACUACGGGCCAUCGAGUAUGCAGUACCCACUUUGCUGGUGGCAGGAAGACCUACAGCAUUCGGGUGCCCACCCUGUUCCCGCUGCGCGGUGUGAACGAGAGGAAAAACAGAAGAGGCAGGAGCAAGAAAGUGUCUGCCGUCCUGCCGAUAAUCGUCUCCGGCGCCGAUUUUACUCUCAGCGGCGAGACCCCGGAGGAAGCCGACAGCGGUGGCAGGGUGCUGCCGAAGGGCCAGGAAACGAAGCCUGUCGACUUGACAGCGCAGGGAGACGGUCCGUGCUUAACCAUCGAGGGGUCAAGUUUCGCAGCCCUUGCUGGCUUCACUGCCACGCAGCAGCCGGCGGCGCACAUCGUGCCGUACUCCACACCGGACCUCUCCGCCCUGGGCGCCUUGGAUCACCCGUACUCGCUAAACAUUGGCACUACGUCGGCCGAGCUGCUGAAGAAGCUCAAUGAACAGCGGGACAUCAUCGCUCUGAUGGAUAUUAAGAUGAAGGAGAUGAAGCACACCAUCCAGCAGUUGAAAGUAACGGAAGCGAGGCUAAAGGAAGAAGUGCGGGAGAGGGAUCGGAUGCUGUCCGCUGCAGUGGUGCGAAAGAAAGUUUGAUCGUAGGAGUACUAAGAUAAACAUGGACAAGACUGAACAUUAUGUGCUGCAAGCAGGUGUUAAAUCAUUUUGAAGCGAUAUCAGGAGGAUGCUUCUUUUUUCUACAAAAUCGAUUAUAGCUUGUUCCCCAGUGAAGAACUUGACAGACCUUUAAAUGGUUUUUUUCCUGGCAUCACUUUUUUUUAAAAUGAUGUCUAUGUCAAAGUUUAGCAGCGUACCUUGGCAUUAGACUAAGUUUAGUAUAUCACUCUCAUGCCUAUGCUUGGCUCUAGUGACAAUGGAUGAUCCAGAUGAUUUUUCAGCUAUGUGGUUUAAAGGCUUUUUUAAGAACAUGUAAGCAGUCUGAUAACAGCAUAUGGCAGGGAAAAUGGGAUUUGAGAGGAAAUUUGUCGAACGUGGGAGGGGGUGAUCCUGUAAAUGUGUGUUUCUUUAUUUUGGCUCAUGAAUUGCUGUCAGAUGGACUGUGCAUUCAUGCGCGUACCAUAUGAAGUGUUUCAAUUUAGGAAUGAAGCGCUUAGAAAUGCACCGCACAAUUUAAGCCGUUUAGUUCACAAGUGUUUUAGUAUGUAUGUAACGUGUGUUUUACGUUGUUGAUUGUUAUGACUGCAUCGUUUGUUUAUUGGUUUACGGCGUAAUUUUGUAAAGUGAUCCCAAUACAUAUAUUUGGUGUCCGAGGGUAUGGUUAGUUAUAGGUCUAAUGAAUUCGUAUUCGUUAUUCCUGUAUAUGUCAGAAGUCUCAAAUGUUAUUUGCUAAAAGUAAACAACUUAAUGUGCGGAUGUUGGGGAAAAAUUUAAUUUCCUCCGUUAUUGAAAUUGCGGGUUCAUAAAAUGUAUACAAUGGCCGCGUGGAACUCUUUUCUCUGUUCCACAGCUAGUAACCUUCGAUGUUUCUGUACUCAACAAAGUGAGGGACAUAUAUUACAAACUGUCAUUACUGUCUAAAUUACACUUGACCUCAUUUGUGCGGGGUAGCCUAUGCAUUGAUACACCUGACCAAAUUCAAGAAACUUUGAGAAUGUAUAUUGAGAAUAUAUUCUAAUUACUAAUUGGUCAUACAAAUUGUGGAAUAGGAUUUGUCUGUGCAUUAUGUUUAAUUUUUUUUCCUUGAUUGUAUGCUAAGUAUUAGUAUAUACCCAAGUGACUGAAAACGUCUACAUUAGAAUAAUUACUUUAACAUAUAGAAUUCAUUUUCAGGAUGGACUUCCAUUCCAUGUUAGCAAAUUUGGACAUGUUGAGUUCUCAGAUGUGGUGCAUUUAUGGGAAUGGAGGAUCUCCCCAUAAUAUGUAAGACAUACCCUAAGAGAUGUUAAGUUUUUAAUAGUUGGGUUAAAAGGGCAGGGAAUGGUAAGUGAUAUUGGAUUGUAAUGGCAGUCAUAUGGGGUCCAGGAGAUAUUACACAGAAAAUAUCCAGAUCUUGUUAUAACCAAUUAUAGUGACUAUGAGCUGAUGUUAUAUAUGGCAAAUAAUGUCAAUGGGAACAUCUACCUACAAUAAUAAAUAUUGUCCAAGGAAAUGUAUUUUGUUUUUCGUUGUCUUGUAAAUAAAGUUUUUUUUUUUAUUAUUAUUGACAGCAUGUUUGUUUUACAUUGUCAAAAGUUAUGGGGAAAUAAACUGGGCAUAUCUUUCUGCAUUGAUUCAGUUCAAAGGUACUAUCUUAAAAAGGUGAUGCUAAUUUAUACUGAAACUGAUUGGUAAAAAAUGUUUAGAACAGGCUAUAAAUGCAUAUGUUUAAAAGAGAAUGAAUAUCUACACAACAGAAAUUCAUUAAACGUCUAAGCAUUUGCUUUAUAAUUUGUAACCACACAUACUUUUUGCUGUUGUGCACAUGUAUCAUACUUUUGGUCUUUUGGAGCUUUGUAUGUUCUUUAUUAUCUGUUUGUUUUUCUAUAUGUAGAGUGUGCUGUUCGAGA